ACACGGCUGUGAUCACACCCCAGGACCCCACGCUCCUCAUUGGCUCCAACCUGCAAGCCACAUGCUCGGUGCUGGGGGACCUGCCCGGGGCCACUGCCGAGGGUCUCUACUGGACCCUCAACGGGCGCCGCCUCCCCGCCGAGCUCUCGCGAAUGCUGAACGCCUCCACCCUGGCCCUGGUCUUGGCCAACCUCAAUGGGUCCAGGCAACAGUCUGGGGACAAUCUCGUGUGCCACGCCCGCGACGGCAGCAUCCUGGCUGGCUCCUGCCUCUACGUUGGCUUGCCUCCCGAGAAGCCCUUCAACAUCAGCUGCUGGUCCAAGAACAUGAAGGACCUCACGUGCCGCUGGACACCGGGGGCCCGCGGUGAGCCCUUCCUGCACACCAACUACUCCCUCAAGUACAAGCUCAGGUGGUAUGGGCAGGACAACACCUGUGAGGAGUACCACACCGUGGGCCCACACUCCUGCCGCAUCCCCAAGGACCUGGCGCUCUUCACGCCCUAUGAAAUCUGGGUAGAGGCCACCAACCGCCUGGGCUCGGCCCGCUCUGACGUGCUCACACUAGACAUCCUGGACGUGGUGACCACGGACCCUCCGCCCGAGGUCCAUGUGAGCCGCGUCGGGGGUCUGGAGGACCAGCUGAGCGUGCGCUGGGUGUCACCGCCGGCUCUCAAGGAUUUCCUCUUCCAAGCCAAGUACCAGAUCCGCUACCGCGUGGAGGACAGUGUGGACUGGAAGGUGGUGGAUGACGUCAGCAACCAGACCUCGUGCCGCCUGGCUGGUUUGAAGCCGGGCACCGUCUACUUCGUCCAAGUGCGUUGCAACCCCUUUGGCAUCUACGGCUCCAAAAAGGCCGGGAUUUGGAGUGAGUGGAGCCAUCCUACUGCCGCUUCCACCCCCCGCAGUGAGCGCCCGGGCCCGGGCGGUGGGGCGUGCGAGCCGCGGGGCGGAGAGUCGAGCUCGGGCCCGGUGCGGCGCGAGCUCAAGCAGUUCCUGGGCUGGCUCAAGAAGCACGCAUACUGCUCGAACCUCAGCUUCCGCCUCUACGACCAGUGGCGGGCCUGGAUGCAGAAGUCGCACAAGACCCGCAACCAGGACGAGGGGAUCCUGUCCUCGGGCAGACGGGGUGCGGCGAGAGGUCCUGCCUGACAAGCUGUAGUGACCAGGGCCACCCUCCCUGCCACGCGGAGACCCAGGGACCAAGCCAAACCGUUCCCUCACUUCAGGGCAUCCAAGCACCAUCGGCCGGUGGGAGACAGGCAGCGCCGACGGCUGACGGCCCCACCCCUGGGUGCGCCCCAGCGUGAGGGUUCGCUGAGCUGCUCCGACCCCUGCCGGGACUCAGGGUCAGAGGGCCCAUUGCUCGCCCAGCCUGGGGCCCCUCCAGUCUUUUUAAAUAAAUGAGCUCUUUAGGUGCUCUGA